AUGGGCCAUGACAAUGUGGCAGGGCAGUCAUCAACCCGUGGUGUCCCUGUAGUGGUGUCUUUGCAGUCAGAGAGUCAUACUCUUGAUGACACGGGCACCGCGGCAAAUGUUCCUGGUCCAACCAGGACUGAGCUCGGUGCUGGCGCUGUUGACGGUGCUGUGCAAGGAGAAGAAGGAGAAGAUGAGGCUGGUUCUCAGCCAAUGGAACCCUAUGUUGGCAUGAGGUUUGACACCCUUCAAAUUGCUAAGGAUCACUACAACAGCUACGCCUUAUGGAUGGGUUUCUCUGUCAAAAUGAACACCUCUAGGCGGACAGGCAAUGUAUUGGUAAAACAGCAGUUUUGCUGCAACAAGUAUAAGAAGCCAAAAGCUGAUGAUGGUGGAGCUGAGGCUCCUCCUAUCCUGGACCCUAUACCAGAUCCAAUACCUGUUGACACUGAUGAGGAAAUGGAAGAUGAACCUCCAAUCUUUGCUGAAGAGGAGGCUGGUGCUAGACGUAUGAUGCAUGUAAUGGCAGAGUUCUAUGGAUCUGAGAUGAUGGUGCCAUUCGGACCAAAGGCCAUAACAAAUCUAUGUACAAGUUUCCGUAGAGAUGACACAAAGGAGGGUGAUCUGAUUGAGACAAUUGCGCACUUCAAGGAUAUACAAAAAACCGAUCCAGACUUCUUCUAUAAGGUGAAAUAUGAUGAAGAGGAUAGAGUUGUCAACAUAUUUUGGGUGGAUGGCACAGCUCGAAAAGCUUAUGCGGAGGCGUACCACGAUUGCAUAUCGUUUGACACCACCUACAUGACCAACAUGUACAAUAUGCCGUUCGCGCCCUUCAUAGGAAUAAACCGACAUGGCCAAUCUUUCAUGCUGGGUUGCGCAUUUGUGAGGCAGUAG